CGUGUAGUUAAGUUUACACAACGAACUAGAAACUCGAACUAAAUUGGGACGCAUUAGAAGAAACGGAUGUUAAGUUUGUUUACAAGAAAUUACUGUUAAGUGCACAGUGUAUCGAGCACUUGAGCAAAUCAUGCCAGGAAACACAGACUUAGCAGACCACUUGUACAGACAAGCUAUGGAAAGUUCCGAACUGUGUGAUGUGAGUAUAACUUUCGGUGACCACAGGAUGGGAGCACAUUGGGGUGUACUGAUUCAGUGUCCAUUCUUCCGGACGAUGUUUAACAGUGGAAUGAAAGAGAAACAAGAAGGCCAAAUUCAUUUCAAAGAUGAUUUUGACGGAGGAUGUGAAGUUCUCCUACGGUCGCUAUAUACAAGAACAUUAACACUUAACCUGUCUAAUGUUUAUGAUGUCCUGAGAGCUGCCGACUAUUUCCAGAUGGACUCUUUAUUUGCAGUAUGUGAAAAAUACCUUUCUGAAAUACCAUGGAAUCCUGAAAAUUGCAUUGAUAUAUAUUAUCUAGCCAAAAGGUUCCGUUUAAAAUUUUACAAGUGCCUGGUGGAAUAUGUGACAAAAGACUUUUUAAAAAUUAUUGAAUAUGAAGACAAUAGCGAGUAUGUGACAACUGACAUGAUGUUAGAAAUCGCGGAUAGCGUUGGUAAGACAACGCCUGAAGACAAAGAAAUGCUGUUCAUGACAAGGACGGAAGGUAGCAGCAACGGAAUAAGUCAAGAAAUGCGGUUUAGGUACUUUCGUCAAUGGUUAAAUUUUGACGUGUGUGGUCGAAAAGAAACUUUCACAUCAUUAUUCCUGACACUUACUCUGGAAGACACUUCGCAUGCCUUCUUUGAAUCCUUAGCCAGUGACUACAUUCAAAAUUUUAGCGAAUGCCGCGAACACUACUAUCAGACUAAACGGAUAUCCAUGAAAAGUCUGGUGAUACAUUCUAACAAAAUAGUAAGGGCGGUGCUGGUUGUUGCUGAAAUUACUAGCGAAGAAAGCUGGUUUGGAAAACGGAAUUAUGGUAUUUUCGGAUAUGACACUCAUGUUAAUAAAUGGACAUAUGUUUGUAGACUUCCAAACACUGCAGAACUUUGGUUUAUUGGCAAGAAACUAAUAACGGUCAACGAAUGGGAUAACUGUUUAUAUGUUUAUAGUGACCAACGUCCAGACAGUUAUACUGAUGAUGAAAUUAUCGUGAAAGUUCAGAAAUACAAUUUAGGCACAAAAUCUUGGUCAAUAUGCGAGUACAAAAUUCCACAUAAAAAAGGAGUUUAUAUGAAGAUAAAAAAGUUUGCUUGUGUGGAUAAAUAUGUUUGUUUCAUAGCUAAAUCAGAAGACCGAUUUGGCGAAUAUACGAACGUUAACUUGUAUUUGCUUGGAGAACAUGAGUCCUGCGAUAAAACAAACGUGUGCCGAUCGGAGUCUGAAUCGGACCUAAACAUAAAAAUGUGUGUUACUAACAAUCGUUACAUUGUGAUCAUGUGCACUGUAAUCUCAUUUUCAGGCUAUGGUGUUGUGAAGACUACAAGAUUUUUAAUUAAAGAUGUGAUUACUAAGAAAACAAGACGCCGUCGAACGGUUCCUCAAACCGCAGACUACAUGAUUGGCCCGCUACAAUCAGAAGAAUGCAUGUUCGCAUCUAAUAAAGGUGUUGUUAUUUCAAAAAUCGACAGUCCUUUUUACAAAAUCCUUAACGCAGUAAAUGGUCAUUGUUCAAGUGUCAAUCACAGAAUACUUCCACGAAAGCUAAACGUAGUUGAUACAGACGAAGAAGAAGAAGAAGAUGAUGAUGAGUUUGUUGGUUUCGAAAUUGCAAAUGGGUUUAAUGUUGUGUCAGUGUUGAACAGAUUUAAGCAACUUUUACGUGUAUUCGACUUUGAAACACGAGAGGUCACACAGUUGCCAAAACUCUCGUACCGGAUAGUUCCUAGAUCUAUUUCCCACGCACGAGUACCGUCAUAUGCGCUGAAAUGUGUAAUAGAUUGUCCACAUUGUUUAUGUGAAAUGCGUUGCAAUAUCUAGUCUUACAAGCUAUUUUUUUAUUUUAAGCUGGUAAAAUGUAGGUCACUAAUUUCCGACUAAGCAGAGUUUUGAAACCAUCGAACAAAAUGUUACCACCAUAUUUAGUUUAUGUAUAUGUCGAAUGUUGUAAUUGUAAAAACAUGUCCACAUUAUAAUAAUAAACAUGCAACAUGUUAUUAUGUAUGCAUUCAUAUUACUACAUAGUGUUUGAUAAUAAAAACAUUUGUAUUGAUUUGGAAGACAUGAUACUUGAUAUAUCUUAGUGGGUAUCUACAUGUAUCAUAAAAGUUAAUAUUAAACUAGGGAUACUAA